GGAAGGCAGUUCCUUUCAAAUGGUAUUCGAUGAAAUUAUUUGCGUGGUGGACUAUACAAAUUAUUUGGUGUUGGGCAUAACCGUUGCGCUGGCUUGGGAGCUGCCCAGCAAGCCGCCAAGUGAAGCGCUGGAGGAUCUUUUUAAUAAACUUGAAGAUGGCACCAUCGAUAUUAGUCGCAAUGAUACUGCGGGCAACAUAACCUAUGUGGAUGCCAAGCCCAAUGCAACGACCCCCAACUAUAUAAACUUGUCGCCCGCUGGCAAUUCCUAUUAUAGCAAUGUGCCAGUAUAUCGCACACCCAUGCAUCCAGUUUAUCAGUACAGCAAUAGCUACUAUAGAGGCAGGCCAGCUAAGCCCGCUAGACGCAAGGAUAAUUAUUACUACAGCAGCAGCAAGCAGCAGCCUUUUAAGCAGUGGCAGCAACCUAUGAGCAAAGCACAGCCUACGCGUUAUCCUUACUGGGCGCUGCCAACGCACUUCAAAAAUGCGCAACGCCCCAGCAAUAGCUACUAUGCCAAGCCCAUAAGACGCACGCACAAGAUCUAUCCGGUAUUUGGCAAACGCAGUUUGCCCGAUGUGCAACAGCCGCAUAGACGUCAGCGCCGCAGCGGUCUGGAGCAUGCCACAGAUGAGCAGCUAACACGACUGGAGGGCAUACAAAUCAAAUAUCAUCGCAAUAGUCGCCAGAGUCUGUACGAGCGCAUUGAGCGUUAUUUGGACAAACGUGGCCACAAUGGACAUCAGUGCGUGCUGCGCACUUUGUGCGAAACUGGACAAAAGUCACAGCAGCAGCAGCCUGGCAGCUUUGCCGCUGAGCUUAUGCGCGCUGUCUUUACCAUACCUGAAGCUUUAGAUAACGAACCGGUAGCCUAUAGAGAUACGCGCUAUGACAAGGCGCAUGCACAUGCAGGCGACUGCGCUGCGCUUUAUGCCGAAUGCAAGCAUUCCAUAUGGGAUGCACCUUUUAUACAAUAAAACUGCCGUCCAAGCUUG